AUGAGCCUCGCAGCCCCGAGGGCAGCCGUCAAGAAGGCGCUGCCUGUGCGUGUAGCAACCGCCUCCGCACCCCAGCGCCGCCGAUUCUCCAGCGCCGCUCCAUCGUUGCCGGCAUGGCGUCGCCCGGCACUUCAAUGCGGCCGGCCACCCCGGCAGUUUGGUCAAGGAAGGCCUUUCCACGCCACCGCAGUUCACUUCGCAACCAAAGACCCAUAUUCAGUCCUCGGCGUCGAUAAGAACGCAUCCGCAUCGGAAAUCAAGAAAGCGUACUACGGCCUUGCGAAGAAAUACCAUCCGGACACGAACAAGGAUGCCGGCGCCAAGGACAAGUUCGCCGAUGCGCAGUCUGCGUACGAACUGCUGUCGGAUGCGGAGAAGAAGAAGGCUUACGACACGUACGGUUCAGCCGCGUUCGACGGCGGCGCCAGCGGAUUUGGCGGCGGGGGCGCUGGCCCUGGUGGACCCGGCGGCAAUCCGUUCGGCGGCUUCGGCUUCGGCGGAGGCGCUGGCGCUGGCGGAUUUGGCGCCGAUUUCAACUUUGAGGAUCUAUUCGGAGCGUUUGCAGGAGCGGGGGCCAGGAGGGGGGGACGCUCGCGCGGCUCGCGCAAUCCGUUCCAAGAGGAAAUCUUUGUAGGCGAUAACAUCGAGGUGCAGACGAACAUCAGUUUCAUGGAUGCGGCAAAGGGAACGACCAAGGAGAUCUUCAUCACCCCGUUGGUCCAAUGCAAUACCUGCAAGGCAUCAGGGUUGAAGAAGGGGACGAAGAAAACCAGUUGCCAGGUUUGCCACGGUACGGGUCAGAGGGUCGUGAGCAUGGGCGGUUUCCACAUGGCGACAGCUUGCGAGGCGUGUGGUGGAGCGGGUGUUUCAGUUCCAAGCGGCUCCGAGUGCUCGACUUGCGAUGGGCAAGGAGCGGUGAGGGAAAGGAAAACCGUGACGGUGGACAUCCCCGGAGGAGUGGAGGACGGCAUGAGACUGCGCGUUUCCGGAGAAGGAGAUGCACCACUCAGCGGCGGCACCGUGUCGGACAAGCCGCGGACUCAAAACGGCGACCUUUACGUCUUCAUCAGGGUGGCGGCCGACCCCAAGUUUCAGCGCAGCGGCUCCGACGUGCUCUACACGGCUACCGUGCCACUCACGACGGCUGUUCUGGGCGGCGAAAUCCGGAUCCCGACACUGGAUGGAGACGUCAAGGUCAAGGUCCCCACUGGCACCGGCACCGGCGACAAAAUCACUCUUGGCGGCAUGGGUAUGAAGAAGCUGAAUAGCCGGAAGGGCAUGAAGGGUGAUUUGCGAGUGGAGUUCAAGGUAUCGAUGCCCAAGUACCUAAGCGCCAACCAGCGGACCAUUCUGGAAAUGCUCGCGGACGAGAUGGGCGACCAGAACGCCAAGAGAGUCAUGAACCUUGGGAGCAUGAGCCAGGAUACGAAGGACAAGAUGGACGAGGUGGAAAAGAACAAGCACAGGAACGAGGGAUUCCUGAAGAGUGCAUGGCACAACCUGACCGGGCAGCACAAGGAGAUGGAGAAGGACUCAAAGAACGACAAGCCGGAUGACGAGCAGAAGAAGGCUUCGGGCUCGGGCUGA